AUGAGCGGCGCAGCCCCGAUGCCGCGCCUGGUGCUUGUCCGGCACGGCACGACCGAGUGGUCCAAGAGUGGGCAGCAUACGGGUCAGACGGAUCUCCCUCUGCUGCCCGAAGGUGUCGCAGAGGCGCGUGCGUUUGGCGCGCAGCUGACCGGCCGCGGCGCGUCGGCCGUGAUCAAUUUGGACGACGUGCACGCAAUUCUGCGCAGCCCCCGCACGCGGUGCGCGCAGACGCUCGAUGCGCUGCUUGGUUCCGAGUCUGAGCGUGCUUCGCAGAAGCUGCCGCAGGUGGCUAUCGACGACGACCUGCAAGAGUGGAACUAUGGCGCGUACGAAGGCGUGACCACCCACGACAUCCAAGCGAAGCGCGCGGGCUGGGACAUUUUCCGCGACGGCGCGCUUGACGGCGAGUCGCCUGAGGCGGUGAGCGCGCGUGCGGACCGCGUCGUGAAGCGCGUCCGCGCGCUGCACGAGAAGGAGCACAUCGACGUGGUCGUCGUGUCGCACGGCCACUUUAGCCGCGUGCUCCUCGCGCGUUUCCUCAACCUGCCGGUGCAGUUGGGCGCAAUGUUUGACAUGGAGACGACCGGCGUCGCGGUCCUCUCGUACGCACACCACACGCUUGCCGAGCCGGUGCUCAAGGCGAUGUUCUCGCCCAAGCUCUACCCCCACCUGCAAGUGGGUACCACGCCGCACGAGGAGCGGCAGUACCUCGAUCUUGUCCGCGACGUGAUCACGCGCGGCGAGGUGCGACAGGACCGUACCGGGACCGGGACGCGCGCGCUUUUUGCGCCGCACUCGACGCUCAAGUUCUCGCUGCGUAACAACACGCUCCCGCUGCUUACGACCAAGCGUGUCUUUUUCCGCGGCGUGCUCGAGGAGCUGCUCUGGUUCAUUUCCGGCAAGACGGACGCCAACCUGCUCGCGGAGCGCAACGUGCACAUCUGGGACGGCAACGGCUCUGCCGAGUUCCUCAAGAAGCGCGGUCUGGGCCACCGCCGCGAGGGCGACCUGGGCCCCGUCUACGGCUUCCAGUGGCGUCACUUUGGCGCGCAGUACGUCGACGCGGACACGGACUACAGCGGCAAAGGCGUCGACCAGCUCGCGCAGGUCAUCCACCAGAUCAAGACGAACCCCACCGACCGCCGCAUUCUGCUCAGCGCGUGGAACCCGCCAGACCUGCCGCUGAUGGCCCUCCCGCCGUGCCAUAUCCUGUGCCAGUUCUUUGUCGCACUGCCUACGCCGGACGAGGCCGCAGCUGGGCGCAAGCCGCAGCUCUCGUGCCAGAUGUACCAGCGCUCGUGCGAUCUCGGCCUCGGCGUGCCCUUCAACAUUGCUAGCUACGCGCUACUGACGCACCUCAUUGCGCACGUCACGGGAUGCGAGGCCGCCGAGUUCACGCUCGCGAUGGGCGACGCACACGUCUACCUCGACCACGUCGGGCCCCUGAAGGAGCAGCUCGAGCGCGAGCCCCGCGCGUUCCCCACGAUCCAGCUCAAGCGCGAGGUGAGCUCCAUCGACGACUUCCGCCCCGACGACAUCCAGGUCGUGGGCUACCAGCCGCACGGCAAGAUUGACAUGCGCAUGAGUGUGUAA